AGGCUCACAACACACUGAAACACGGGGAAAAGCAGGCUGAGGGAGGAUUCAGCAACAGGCACAAGCUGGGGGCUCCCUGGGCGCACGGUGAGGCUGGGCAGGGGCAGGAGCUGCUGUGCAUGGGCAGAGGAGCAUGGAUGGAGACUGCAGGCACCCACGGACACCCAGGCCCUGGCCAGGGGGGAGGCUCAGCUCCCCAUGGCUGGCUUCUUCUGUCAGUCUGAGGAGGAGAAGCACUGGAGACACGAGUUUGAUGGGGAGAACAUGUACAUGGGGAUGAACGACAACGCCCAGGAAUUUCUAUCGGCCAAUCAAACGUACAACAGUCAGAAUGAGAACAACGAGGACUACGAGAUCCCUCCCAUCACGCCUCCCAACCUCCCUGACCCGUCCCUGCUGCACUUGGUGGACCACGAAGCUGGAUACCACUCUCUGUGCCACAGCCUCCCUCCAAACAGCCUGAUCCCAGCAUAUCCCUACCAGAACAUGGACCUGCCGGCCAUCAUGGUCUCCAACAUGUUGAGCCAGGACGGGCACCUCCUCUCCAGCCAGCUCCCCACGAUCCAGGAGAUGGUGCACUCGGACGCCGCGUCCUACGAGUCCAACCGCCAAGUGCCGCUGCUCAACCGGCCCGGCAUGCUGGGCGGCCCCAUGGGCGCCCUCAGCCAGUCCCAGCUCAUCUCCCAGAUGGGCAUCCGGAGCGGGGUCACCCACGGCUCCCCCUCGCCCCCGGGAAGCAAGUCUGCCACCCCAUCUCCCUCCAGUUCCACGCAGGAAGAGGAGACCGAGUCGCAUUACAAGGCUACUGGAGAGAAAAGACCCUCAACAGACCUGGGCAAAAAGCCCAAAAGCCAAAAGAAGAAGAAAAAGAAGGACCCCAAUGAGCCUCAGAAGCCCGUGUCAGCCUACGCCCUGUUUUUCAGAGACACACAAGCGGCCAUCAAAGGGCAAAACCCCAACGCCACCUUCGGGGACGUAUCAAAAAUCGUGGCGUCAAUGUGGGACAGUCUGGGAGAAGAACAAAAGCAGGCUUACAAGAGGAAAACAGAAGCUGCCAAGAAGGAGUACCUGAAAGCCCUGGCCGCGUACCGGGCCAGCCUCGUCUCCAAGAGCUCCGCCGACCAGGGGGAGACGAAAAGCACCCAGAGCAACCCCCCUUCCAAGAUGAUCCCCCCCAAGCAGCCCAUGUACCCGAUGCCUCCGCAGGCCUCCUCUCCCUACCCCGGCCUGGGCUCCUUCCUGUCCCCGUCGGACCUGCAGAGCUACCGCGGCCACCCCCACGCCGGGCUGUCCCGGACCCUGCCCUCCAAGCCCCUGCUGCCCAGCAUCAGUGCCUCCCCGCCGCCCUCCUUCCAGAUCAGCCCCCCGCUCCACCAGCAGCUGUCCUUGCACCACCCGCAGAGCUCGCUCCUGCCCCAGCCCCUCAGCAUGCAGCAGGUCCCCCAGCAGCCCCUCCUGUCCCCCCCCAUGGCACUACAGGUACAGCCCCCCAUCAACGCCUCGCCUCCCGGGCAGCAGGACUUCUCCCAUAUUUCGUCUGAGUUUCAGAACAGUGUUGGACCGCGUUCGCCCGGUGCAUCAAACGCUCCAGGAAGCACUGAGUGGGACAGCGACUACCCCAGCAGGGAGUGUGGGGUCAACCACUGCAGCAUGCUGCCAAGGGACAAGGCACUCUACCUCACCUAAGGCUCAGCACCCCGUGGGAGGAGGCUCAGACGAAGGACACUUGAGAGGGUCGACCCUACAGCCCACGCGGGGAGGCACGAGCAGGUCGGACGGGCGGGACGGCGGCCACCGCGCCUCGGCGCCGGCUUCGUUUCCAGGCUCUAAGAGCAGUUUUCUUUUUAUC